AUGCGGUUAUUCUGGCUGCUGGUGCUCAUCCUGAGCCCACUGCUCGCCCUGGCACAAUCCAACCCUCUGGCGUCAGUCCUGGAAGCACUGCCAGCGUGCGGGAGAACAUGCCUUAUGUACGGCGUUCAGCAGUCGGAAUGUUCCCCAACCAACGUCACAUGCAUCUGCACCGACGUAGCGCUGAAGAAAUAUGUUGAGGGUUGCGCUAUGGCCGAGUGCACCAUCAAGCAGGCGCUGUUCACCAAGAACGUCACUCUAUCUUCCUGUGGAGCAGAGCAUCGGGAUAGGACGAAGCAUGUCUCUUACAUCGGCGUUGGUGGAGCUAUUAUUGCCUUGAUCGCCAUUGUCAUGCGGCUGCUGGCACGCCUGCCUGCCUUGGGUGGAGAUUUUGGGUGGGAUGACGCGGUGAUGCUCUUGACACUGCCCGUCAUGAUACCACUUUCAUCCCUUUCAGUUGUCCUCGCCGACUCAGGACUAGGCAAAGACAUGUGGACUGUCACACCAAAAGACAUCACCCACAUCCUCUACAUCUAUUACUUCGACGAAUCUCUCUAUAUUACAUGCCUAUCCCUCGUUAAGACCAGCAUCUGCUGCUUCUAUUUGCGCAUCUUUCCGGACCGACGCUUCCGCAUCUACGUCUACAUCGUCAUUUUCUUCUGCGCUUCAUAUGCCAUCACCUUCGUCACGGCUGUCUCGCUCCAAUGCAAACCCAUCAACCUCGCCUGGAAGCACUGGGACGGUGAACACCACGGCUCCUGCAUCAGCAUGAACGCUUUAGGAUGGUCUUCUGCAGCCGCCAACAUCGCGCUCGACAUCGUCGUCAUCACAUUACCCCUACCGCAAGUCCUAAAACUCGUGCUCAGCGCCCGGAAGAAGUUCCACGUCAUGUGCAUGUUCUCCGUCGGAUUGUUCGUCACCGUGGUGUCGAUGUUGCGUCUCAAGUGGAUGAUCCAGUUCGCCAACAGUCAGAACGUAACGUGGGACUAUGUUCCCAUUGGCUAUUGGUCUACCAUCGAGGUCCAUGCAGGCAUUUUGUGCGCCUGUCUGCCCGCCGUGCGCGCACUGGUGUACAAGUGCUUCCCACGCUUGCGCGAGCGCGGUUCCUCUCGUAGCGGGAAGUAUGGGGGCGGGAACAGUUACUUUGGGAACGGGAUGAGCGGCAGUAGAGGCGGUGCGAUCGAUACAAGCACGAGUAUUGUGCAGAGGGUGAGCAAGGCAGGAGAGGAGUGGGUUAAGUUGGAUGAGGUGGAGAGCUCGGAGAGAGGAUAUAGCACCGGGGGCAAAAUGGGGAGCGUGAGUACGAUAGGGGAAGAUGGGGGCUAUUACGGUGGGAAAGGUGGAGGCGGAGUAGCGGAUGUUGGAAAACCCCCAGGCGUUAUGGUGAGUGCGAGAUGUUACCAUGCUAUUUGA